AAAUAACAUCCUGGUCAUAUUUGUUUGGUAGAUUUACUAAAUAAUUUAUAAUGAUUUGAAUACUGGAAUGGCUCAGAAUACUUGUUUCUUUUUCAGAACGUUUUUCAUUGUUUUAUCAAUAUCGGGUUUGAUUGGACAAGUGGUGGCCUCAGACUGUUACAGGACUACGACCUAUGAGUAUAAUGGUCAACAACAUACGACAAAGGAUGAGCAAACGUGUAUAAGAUGGGAUUCUUUUGACCACAAAUACAGUGACCCCGAGACGUUCCCGGAAGCUACGACGUCUGAAGACGAAAAUUACUGCCGUGAUCCUGGUAGAGAUGGUUAUCUCUGGUGCUAUGUGCCAUCAUAUGUGCGGAAUUAUAAUAAAUGCGACAUUGAAAAAUGUGACACUGCCGACGUGAACCAAUGCGGAAGCCUGAAGAUAGAACAGCCGACUAUAUUGGGCAGAAAUGUUACUUUUACUUUUACCCCGGAGACAACCUCGGACGCAGACCUGGAAUGGCAGCGGGCAAAACAAGGAAAUUCAUGGUCUACGCUUCCAAAUGAUAAAAAGUUUAGACAGUAUUUCCAAGAUGGGACAUAUUACUUGAUUUUAGCUGACACUGUCAGAGACAAGGACGAAAAAUUUUACCGGGUUGAUUAUAAGAACAAUAGCGUAAGCUGUUUAAUGGAAACUCCAAAACUUGAACUUCAAGAUAUAUCAAGUAAUGAUUGUGGAUUUGUUUACCUAAGAACAACAAAGGUGAAAGAAGGCGAGAACGUAGAACUAGAAUAUUAUCCAUCGGAAUACGUUAUGCAAAAUGAAGAACACACUGUACGACAAUGGAUGCAUUCUAAAGAUUCAAUAAAUGUGACGAAAAAUGUGUAUGAGGAAGAAAGGGAACCGAAUGACAAAUAUGUAUUGACUAUAAUUAUGUUCAAUGAACAAAAGAAUGGCCGGUAUGGAGUUUACUGCGGCAAAACAGCGAGCUUGUCAAAUUUCGUCGAAGUGAUAUUACCGGUUGCACCAAGUACACCAGCAUUUGAAGGUUUAAAGGACAUAGACGACUGUAAGGAGUGUAUUGUUGGUGAGGAUGGUGAUCAGUGCGGUGUUCUCUGCAAGACAAGUGGUGGUACACAACCAAUAAAUGUCACCAUGUCCAUAGGGAAUGAAUCGCUUAGCUUAGGACGAUAUAAUGAAACAGCGGGUUACAUAACUAUCUUUACUCUUAGCAACAGACAUCAUAUGACAAUUAUGACAUGCACAGUUAUGAAUGAUGCAUUAACCUCACCUUUAAUCACCACUGCACGUGUGUAUGUUAUCAAAUCACCAACAUUACAGUUAUUUGUACCACAGAUUCUCAAGGAAGGAAAUAACGGCAAUAUUGCAUGCAUACUGGAUAGUGGAAGACCUGCUCCGAAUGUAACUAUAAACAUUUCCGGUAUGGAAGUGUCGUCUGCAGUCCAAACAGAUAGUUUCAAUGCUACCACCUCUUUAUACACCAGUGUUGUUUCCUUGCCGACAUUCGAACGCAUCUGGAACAGAGAAAACGUCCAAUGUUGUCGUUUCAAUGAAUGGUACAAGAGAAUAAACGUUUGUUCCACACCGCAACGGAUUAAUGUUAUGUUUCCACCUACAGACAUCAAACUGGAGGUCAAAGUUGAGCAAAAACGUCCACUUGAAAUAUACGCUAUUUGUACCGUCUACAAUUCAAACCCAGCAUGUAGGGCAGACAUCAGUGCACCAAACGGAGUCAUUGUUUCAGAACGGUACACAAAUAACAUGAGCCGAGCUCAUGGCGCCUGGGAUUCGGAAUAUGCAGUAAAUUUGAAUGUCGAUAAAAACGACGAUGGUGAAAAGAUAAAGUGCGCAGCUGACUGUCAGAAGUUUGCUGUCGACUUGAAGGACGUGCACUCGAUCGGUCUGCCUCAGAAAGAUGAGAAACGUUACAAAGACUCGGACAACUCUGCCUCUUGUAAUAACUCUUCUAUUUGGAUUAUUCUUGGCUCUUGUUCAGCUGUCCUCUUUGUUGUUGUUGUCGUCGUAUGCCUUAUUGCAAUAAAAAUAUUCAGGGACACUAAAGCUGAACUGGAAGCAUACAAAGUAAGAUUCAGUGCAAGCCCAGAUAGAAUUAGCAGGAACGAUGUAGAACUGGAAGACCGUGCGUAUGAAAAUUCAAGCAGGAACGAUGUAGAACUGGAAGACCGUGCGUAUGAAAAUUCAAGCAGGAACGAUGUAGAACUAGAAGAUCGUGCGUAUGAAAAUUCAAGCAGGAACGAUGUAGAACUGGAAGAUCGUGCGUAUGAAAGAUUAAAUGAUACCAGACAAGCAACUGGGCAAUCGGAAACAUUUUAUUCUCAACUGUCUCCAUAGACUCAGCCAGAAUUGAAAUGAAAAGUUAAAUAUUUGAAAUUAUUAACUUGACGAAAAAGUAUCAUUUCUUAAUUGAUUUUAAAACGUCAGUUUUAACAUGUAUUUUGAAGAUGAAAAUGCUCUUUUCAUCUACAAAACAUUGGAAAUGCAACACUAAUUUUGCGAAUUUAUACUUUUGCUAGACCUUUCGCAUAAUACAAAUAGCCUAUAUUACAAAAUAAAUAAAUAAAAAAAAAAAAAAAAAAAAAUCUUGUCCAUUGUGCGGCUUUAAGAAGAUUGAGGUACACUUGAAAUUUCCAUAUUUUGGUCAGCAAUAGAGAAAUUGUAACUUCGUAAAUAAAACACGUUUCUAAAAUUUUAAAAAUCAAAUAUAAAGUAUUAAACGUGCAUAUGUAUUUAUAUACAUGUUCAUCUAGGAAUGACGUGUUUGAGUAGAAAUGGAAAAAUCUUUGGUCUAUUAUAUUAAAACCACCGACUGUGUAAUGUCCCACUUGACAAGCUUAAUUAUUGUGAACUGUGUACUGGGAGGGUUGAGAGUAUUUGUUAUGAACACUGGAAAGAAAUACUGUUCACAUACUCUAUAGCGUAUUUUUACUCUCAGACACAUUAAGUGACUUUUUCAUAAGAUAUUCUUAAAUUAUUAGCAUACGUUUAUACAAAUUAUCUUAAUGUGAUCAUAACUACUGUAGUGAUGUGUGUCAAGGUAAGUUUGUUGUGUACUGAUAGGUUUUAUGUAUAAAUCUGAAUUGUUCAGUAAAUGAGGAAAAAGAACCUGUCUGUGCGGGUUGCUCAGGCCGUUUGCGGUACAAAGUCAGGACUGUUUACAACGAAUUCUAACACGACCAGCGAAUAACCUACAUACAUGUAGAGCAAAAUCUAUCUCGGGUUAAUCUGCACUAAACCACUCGCGUACAAUGACGUCAUUCGAUCCAGGUGCGUAGCACGGUCGUAAAGUAGUUACCAUUUUUUCUAACACUGCUGAUACUAGUAUGUCGUGUUAGAAUCGAAAUAACAAGUUCCCAAGUGUGAUUUAUUGUAGAAUUAUUCUAGUUUUUCGUUUUUAUGCGAAACAAUAUAUCACUUAGGCCUACGGCCUUCGUGAUAUAUUCUUACGCAUAAGAACUCAAAACACGGGUUAUUCUACUAUAAACCACGUUUGGGAACUUAUUAUUUCUUAAAUAGAAAAGGUAAAAUAUUCUAAUGGGAAUGAGUAAUACAGGCCCAGUCAUUUCAUGUCUCUCGCGUUACUUUAGUUUUUGUAAAAAUGAAAGCAAAAUUUCCAAAGAAAACAUCUAGGAAUUUUUCAAUAAAUGAAAUUUAAAAGCGAAAAAAAGAAAGAGAAAUUUUGAAGUGAGUUAAAUAAUUGAAAUAAAUAAUCGCUGCAAUUUACCAAAGUACACCUGGUCCCAAACAGGUUUAGUAAAAACGAUUGGGUUCUUAAGUUGUUUUUCAAGCUAAGCUCACGACAUCAUACAAAUUAAUCAUUUAAACUGAUUUACACACUUAUUUGUACAUACUAUUUAAUUAUCUUAAUUGAUCAACUUACUAAAGUUUGUGUUUACCGAAAAGUUAUCAAAUAUUGUUCAUGCCUUUGUUUUCGCUGACUUUGUAUUUUACAAAUUUGUUAUUGCUUUGUACAUUUGUAUGUCGCUGAACCGCUUUAAAACACAGUUUUUUUUUCGAUGUAAAUGAGAUAUGAAACCAAAAUUUGUAGUCCUUUUUGGCUGUGUUGGUGCGCCGUAAAACCCAACUAAAUAAAUAAAUAAAUUAAAACACAUUUACUUUCAUAGCCAUAAAUAACUGACAUUUCUGCUUAAGCUUGUCUACAUCUUCAAGGAAAGAAAACUUAUUUUGGAACUACAGUUAAUAGAGAAUAUUGACCCCAUACCUCGCUUUGAGAUUAUCAUGAUAUAAAUCCUAAAUUGCUUAUUCUGUUUUCUUGCAUGAAUGUUUUUAAAACUAAACACCAGGAAUCAUACGAGGUUUAUUUUUAUAUUACUAGUACAGCCAAACCUGUGUUAAAGACAACCUCUGAAUAGAGACAACCUGGCUCUAAAGACCACAUGUUUUGUUCCCCAUUUUAACAGUUACAGUGUAUUUAACCUGUGAAUAAAGACCACCCCCGGUAAAGACCACAUUUUGGCUCUCCCAAGGGUGUUCUCUAUAGACAGGUUUGACUGUACUUCAAUUUUUAGCUCACCUGAGCACAAAGUGCUCAGGGUGAAGUAUUGUGAUCGCUCACCGUCCGGCGUCCGUCCGUCCGUUCUACGUCCGUCCGUCCGUCGUCCGUCGACACUUUCCUUUAAACAACAUCUCCUCCUAAACCAACAGGCCAAUUUUGAUGAACCUUCACAGGGAUGUUACUUGGGUAAAGCUCUAAAAAAAUUGUUCAAAGAAUUGAAUUCCAUUCAGAACUCUGGUUGCCAUGGCAACAGAAACGCAAAACUUUUAAAAAUCUUCUUCUCAAAAACCAGAAGCUCUAGAGCUUAGAUAUUUGGUGUGAAGCAUUGCCUAGUGGACCUCUACAAAAUUUGAUCAAAUCAUGACCCCGUGAUCAAAAUUGACCCCGCCCCAGGGGUCACUUGGUUUUACAUAGAAAAAUCUUCAAAAAAUUUCUAAAAAUAAACCAGAAGGCCUAGGUCUUAGAUAUUUGACAUGCAGCAUUACCUAGUAGACUUCUACAUAAGUUGUUCAAAUCAUGACCUCCGGGGUCAAAUUGACCCCGCCCCAUGGGGUUACUUGUUUGUACAGAGAAAAAUCUUAAAACUUUUCUAAAAAUAAACCAAAAGGCCUAGAGCUUAGAUAUUUGACAUGUAGCAUUGCCUAGUGGACCUCUACAAAGGUUGUUCAAAUCUUGACUCAGCCCCAGGGGUUACUUGAUUGUAUAUAGGGAAAUCUUCAUAAAUUUGCUAAAAAUAAACCAGAAGGCCUAGAUCUUAGAUGUUUGAUAUGUUACACUGCCUAGUAGACUUCUACACACUUUGUUUCAUUCAUGACCCCCGGGGUAAACUUGGCCCCGCCCCAGGGGUUACUUGAUUGUACAUCAGAAAAUCUUCCAAAAAAGUUCUAAAAAUCAUCAGUUUGACAUUUGAAACAUGUAGCUCAUAUUACUCUGGUGAGCGAUCCAGGUUCAUCAUGGCCCUCUUGUUUAACGUAUUUCUGGCCGAACGUCAAAAAGAGUUGUGUUUGAGUGCACGUAAUCAAAUCAAUGUAUACACACAUAAUUUGACUUAUUAUAAUAUAACUUCCCCGAUAUUGUCAGGCUAUAAUUUAGCAUGUGAAGCAUAACACGGAAUAUAUUUUUGUUGUUGUCGGCGUUGUUGUUGUUUUGUUUAAUUUCACACCGACAAGAACUCUCUUUUGUCUAGCUUAUAAAGCAUUCAAACUUUAUACUGUAGUUGCAGUACUGAAAAUAAAAAUUACCAACUUAAGAUACAAGCAGUAACUUUUAAUAUCAUAAUCAUUUUAUUUUGUAUUUGUAUAUGGAUUCUUUACAUUUGUUAGCCUUUGCUUUUGUAUUAAAGAUUUAGAAAAUGGAUAAAAGUAAAAAUAUUUUACAUGGCUUGAUGUUUCUUACAUUUGAUGCGUGGUAUUGUUAAAAUAAUGUUAAAAUUCUAGUUCGCAGUGCUCGUAUUUCGAGCAAAAUUAUGAUUUUAAACGUCAUAUACUUUUUCGCUUGAUUUUGAUACUACAGAGUCCAAUUAGAUAACUUGUAUGUUUUUGUACUAAACAAAUGAUACUGACGAAUCUGAAUCUGUUUGUAAUAUAGCUUUCAUUUUUCUAGUAUAAAAGGAGUGUGAAUG